AUAACAGAAUGUGGAAUGCUUGCUGCUGCAGGAUAUGCAGCGUUUGGGAUUGACUAUGAAGGGCAUGGAAAAUCCAAUGGUCCUCGAUGUUACAUUAAGAAGUUCCAAUACAUCGUUGAUGACUACAAUGACUACUUCAAAUCUAUAUGUGAGAAGGAAGAAUACAAGGAUAAGAGCAGAUUCUUGUAUGGGGAAUCAAUGGGAGGAGCAGUGGCACUGUUACUUCAUAGAAACGACCCUUCUUACUGGAAUGGUGCUAUUCUUGUUGCACCAAUGUGUAAGGUAAUGGCCGAGAAUUAAGGAAAUGACCCCGUUGUUUUUAUUUCACCAAAUACUUACUAAG